GAUCAUAAUGGGCCAGUUGAUGGCGGUCACGCCCAUACGGGCGAUGGGCAUGACGUCAAUUCGGGCUACAACGGCCACGAGGCUUAUCAGAAUGACACAGGGAAUCAUGAUGGAGCUCAUGGAUGGGGCGAGCAUGGUGAAGGAUACGAUGGGAGUCAAGGCGGAUAUGACGAACAUCAUGGGUAUGAUAACUAUGGCGGUGGAUAUGAGGAUGGCUAUCAAGGACCUCCUGGCGAUGCUUCCAGAGGAAGAGGCAUGGCACGGUGAGAAAAUUUCAAUUUCAAUGUCAACAUGGUCGGCAGUUAACUAUUUCUUUUACAAAAAUAUUGCUUCUUCACGUAUAGAGCGCCAUGACCUGGCGAACUACUACGUGUAAUC